CGUGACUUCAUGUCAGAAGUGGAGAGUACUGAGCGCGUGCGUGUGUAUGUUUUAACGCAUAAAGAACGCAAAGCUGGCGGACUUCGACAUGGCAUCGGGCGAAACGCUCUACAUCGAGACGGACGGCACGGAGAUGCCCGCGGAGAUCGUGGAGCUACACGAGAUCGAGGUGGAAACGAUCGAGACGACGGUGGUCGGCGGAGAUGAAGACGACGACGACGACGAUGACGAGCAGCAGCCUAUGAUCGCGCUGCAGCCGCUGGUCACCGACGACCCGUCGCAGGUCCACCACCAGGAGGUGAUUCUGGUCCAGACCCGCGAGGAGGUGGUCGGCGGGGACGAUUCGGAUCUGCGGGCGGACGAUGACUUCGAGGACCAGAUCCUCAUCCCGGUGCCCGCGCCCGGCGCCGAGGAGGAAUACAUCGGGCAGACUCUGGUGACAGUCGCGGGGAAGAGCUCCAUGGGGCGGAUGGGGAGGAAAUCGGGCGCGGGCGGCAAGAAGUCAGGCAAGAAGAGCUACCUGAGAGCGGCGGAGUCCACCGGGAGGAAAUGGGAGCAGAAGCAGGUGCAGAUCAAGACGCUGGAGGGGGAGUUCUCCGUGACGAUGUGGGCAUCGGAUGACAAGAAGGACAUUGAUCAUGAGACGGUGGUGGAAGAACAGGUCAUCGAUGAUAACUCUCCUCCUGAUUAUUCGGAAUACAUGACGGGGAAGAAACUCCCUCCCGGAGGAAUCCCAGGAAUCGACCUGUCCGAUCCCAAACAGCUGGCAGAGUUCGCCAGUAACAGUGACGGCCACUUCAGUCGCAGUCCUGUCCGAAUGAAGCCGAGGAAAAUCAAGGAGGAUGACGCGCCGAGAACAAUAGCGUGUCCGCACAAAGGCUGCAGUAAAAUGUUCAGGGAUAAUUCAGCCAUGAGGAAGCACCUUCACACUCACGGCCCUCGAGUUCACGUGUGUGCCGAAUGUGGGAAAGCGUUUGUGGAGAGCUCCAAAUUAAAACGUCAUCAGCUCGUUCACACGGGAGAGAAACCUUUCCAGUGCACGUUUGAGGGCUGUGGGAAACGCUUCUCGCUGGACUUUAACCUCCGGACGCACGUCCGAAUUCACACCGGCGACCGGCCCUACGUUUGCCCGUUUGACGGCUGCAAUAAAAAGUUCGCUCAGUCCACCAACCUCAAAUCGCACAUCCUAACACACGCGAAAGCCAAAAACAACCCAUGAACACUCGCGUUCUCCGGUGUCCGACGGUCCUGACGCUCCUCUUCACACUGGAGAUAUGAACCGAUGCUCCGCUAGUCCCUCACGGAGCUCAAUCCAUGAACCUGAAGGACUUUCCAUGAAUUGUGGCGACUGUAAAAGACAAUAAAAGCAAAAUCCUCCUCACCGAUCCACCUCAUAACGCGAGGAACCGAACUGCCCCUCCAGAGCCCGACGGGUGCAGAUGGAGAGGCUCAUGCCACCCUUCGAUGCUUUGUACCACAGUUUGAGCUUUGCUUCAUUUCCCACUUUUACUUCAGUCUCUCUGGUCUGCAUAGAUCUUAUAAUCACUUUUAAUUUUGUAUUUCUCCAAGUGUGCAUAUUGUACACUCAUGUUUGGGAUGUGCUUCAUACAUGUGCUCAUGAAUGAUCCCGGAGAGUUUAAGACUGGCGUUCCUCACGGACGGGGUGAUGAUGAUGUCAGUCACUGUAAUGAUGAUGAAUCUGACGUGCGCGUGUGAGCGGCUGAUGAGAUGUGGCGUGCGGUCUCUCGCGUGUCACUUCAGUGUCAUCCGUCGUUUCCUUUCUUAGAAUAUAUUGUAACGGUCCAAACCAUGAACUAUUCUUUGUUAAUAUUUACAGCUCACCUGUACUUCAGCAGCUAUUAUACAAACAUAAUAAAAAAAGACAUAUAUUUUUUUUGUCGUAUUAAUUUGCUUCAUUUGGUGUGAAUGACACUGAACAUGUGACAGGAAACACAAGUCCUUGAUAUUUUGGGAGGAAGGUGGCACAAGCACACUUCAUGUUUUCAUGUCAAGUAUUUGGCAAAAUUGAAUUUGUCGCGUUUCAAAUGAUAAAAAAUACAAGAAUGGAACACGAGGAGUAUUGUGACAUUUUGUGUCAAAUAAUGGAAUAUUAUUUAUCCAAUAAUAUUCAAUAACACAAAUAUACCCGCUUUAUUCCUACGCUGCAGUUUUUAUGUUAAUAUUUAGAAAAUAAAUCAAUUUAAUUGACAAUUUUGAAA